UGGUCAUAAUACGGGCACGCCACUUCGAAGUAUUUUUCUUCUGCGAGAUCGAUAUCAAAACACUAAAACUCAAGGUGGCUGUUCUUUUAACUGAUUUUGCGGCUUGAUAUUCCCAAAAAAUGUUAGUCCUGUAAUCAUAAUAAUGCAUUGCGUCGUGGUGAAUAGCCACAUGUGGUGCGAGUGGGCCCGGCGUAUGACCUUUCGCAGUCCGCGGUCCCAGCCGACGCUGCAAGGACACCUACGAACCGUCCGAUUGUAUAUGAGCAAAGCGUCCAUAAACCGCUUUAGUUCUUCUACGUCCAAUCCCACAUCUAACGAUGAAAGAGGAAGUCCAAGAAAAGCACCACAGGCAGUUCCCGUUACGAUACAAUUGGCGGAUCCGAAAGCCUUAAUUGAAGAAAUUAGUCAAUCUGUUCAUUUAGUAAAAGAUACGGUUACAGCAACAAAGAGGAAGGAAACUGAUGUUGAAGUCGGUACCUCUGUACCCAAUUUCAGUCGUUUGAUGUAUCAUUACUUGAUGCUAUCAAAGUUUCGGUUAACUUCUCUGGUGGUAAUGACAACAAUGGCUGGCUACGCUAUGGCACCAGCAUCAUUCGAACUGUCAACAUUUCUGUUGUGUUCGUUAGGAACGACUCUUGUUUCCGGUGCGGCAAACUCCAUUAAUCAAGUUAUCGAAACCUCGUUUGAUGCACAAAUGGCACGUACAAAAAACCGAGUUCUAGUCAAGGGUCACUUAUCGCGUUUACAUGCAGUUGGUUUUGCACUAGGUGCCAGUACUGUCGGAAUCGGAAUGCUACAUUUUGGUGUAAAUGACCUAACGGCUGUUUUAGGUGCAGCCAAUUUAAUUCUUUACACGAGCAUCUACACCCCGAUGAAGCGAUACAGCAUACUGAAUACCUGGGUUGGAUCGAUCGUUGGUGCCAUUCCACCAUUGAUGGGUUGGGCAGCUUGCACUGGAGAUAUUGGAGCAGGAGCAUGGAUACUCGCCGGUUUAUUGUAUUGUUGGCAAUUUCCUCACUUCAACGCUCUUUCCUGGAACAUUAGACCGGAGUAUUUGAAAGCGGGCUACAAAAUGAUGGCCAACUCUCAUCCACGGCUGUGUACUCUAGUUUCACUGCGGCACACCGGUUACAUCACGGCUCUUUCUCUUUUGGCACCAGCAUUAGAUGUAACGAAUGUCUGGUUUGCAAUUGAAAGCCUGCCAUUGAACGCUUACUUUGGCUAUCUUGCCUGGGAGUUCCACCAGAAGGCUGAUAGCAAAAGCUCACGGAAGCUUUUCCGUUUUUCUUUACUACACUUGCCGCUACUGAUGGCUUUGUUCCUGCUCAAUAAAAAAUACUGGGUCUUCUCCCAAGAAAAACCGAAUGAAGACAACACGCCUAUCGCUGUGAUGGAGGAUGAGGAAAAGGAGCCUUUCAGAUCGCAGAAACAAGAGAAGAAAGUGGACGUUUAUCUAGUACCAAAUACUGUUGCUGAAGUGGGGAACCUGAGCUGCACCCAAAGUAAGAUUAAAGCUAUCGAGGAUAAUUUGCUAACAAAUGUUGCUGUAGCUUUACCUACGACGGUUUCCGGAAAACAAAACCUGUAGUAAUCAUUUAGAAAAUCCUACCCCACACCAAAAUGUACAUUGAGACGCUACAAAUAUAUGAAACGAUCCUUGUUAUCAUAA